AUGUGGUCUGAAAUGACUCCUAAUGCUCUUGUAAAUGGUACUGGCGUGAUGGUGUAUUCAUUAUGCACUGAUUGUAUAUCUACUAUUUCUAUACGAGAUGGCAAGUAUUCUUCAAAUUUUUGCUCAAAGUGUGAUAAGAGGACUUUUGCUAUGAAAUAUCCAGGUCAUGUUGAAAAAUAUGCAGUAAAAUUUUAUGAAUUGGAUAAGGAUAUGGAAAUGAAAUCAGCUUUGACACCUGAAAAGGGGAGAACUUGGAAAGAAUUAGUUCCAUGUUCUGUAACCGGUCGAGGAGCUGUCGUAUCUGUAGUGCUUGCUUCAUGCUGCAAACCUUCUGUGGAAACCAUUGAUGAUUGCUUGAAGUUCAACUUUUGCACAGACUGUCAAAAGAGGACUGGCUGGUCAAAAUAUCCCAAGCAAUUCAAGAAUUCUACUACAACUCCUUCUAAUUAG